AUGCAUUCACUACAGGAGCAGCACCCAGAAGUGUAUUCUGAAUUCAUAGCUGGUAACCAUAGUAUUAGUCGCUCACAACAACCUUUUGGUCAAGUUUGGUCUGACAUGGCACUUGAGCAAUCAAUUAACUGCGACUCAAAAUCAAAAGGAGGUUUGGUUGGCAUAACCCAACAGGAUGGUGCAGUUGAUCGGUGGUUGUUGACAAGUCAUGAACGUGCAGCCAUUACAAGAUCACUUAAAGAAAUGUGCCGCGUGGAGAAUGACAAGAUAGGAACACACAAGGAAACUAGUGUUAUGCGUAUAGAGCGAGAUAAGAAGGAUGUCCAGCGGCUUGUUUCAUGUUUUACCACUGGCUUAGCAAAUAACCCAUUUGUAACUGAAGACGAGGGCAACACAGACCACACUCCGCUUAGCAAUAUUGCAACAGGAUUAGUUGUACCUAACGAAGUUGCAGAUCGCUUGGUAAAUGCGUUUCAGAUUGGAACAACUAGUAUGCACGACUUCAUCAACGCAAGGCUUGAUACUAAUAAAGUUUGUUUCUGGGACCCUCUUAAGAAGCUGAAGAUUGACACUUUUAAAGUAACUACGCGAACGAUAUCUCUAAAAGGGACUCGUGGAAAAGUCGUAACUUUGAAUGCUGACCGUGAGCUCUUCGGACGACUGCUCGUAGUUGCGAAAACAAGAGAUAUCAACCUUAAAGAGAUCCUAAGCUACGAAUUGUCCUGUGUUCCAGUCUCCCUUGUACAUCCAGAUGGGACUAUGCGAAAGACAGCCAAGAGCUUGAUGCCGAUUUUGGAGAGAAAUGUGGACUCCAUUUCUAGAUUACCUGUAUUGGAACUGCGAACAGCUGUUAUCAUCGAUGCCAUGGCAUUGAUUCAAAUGGUUAAGUCAGCAGGAGCAGCAACUUUUGGGGAGAUGGCAGGUAAAUACUUCGACAUUAUAACUCGGGUAUUAAGUCAGAACAACUGUAGCCGCUUAGACCUCGUGUUUGACCAGUACCGUGCCAUGUCUAUCAAAGCAGCAGAGCGCCAAGAAAGAGGAGAAAGUUUGUCCAUGGAGAUUAAAAUUCACAAUCAAAAUACGCCAGUUCCCAAGCAGUGGAAUAAAUUCAUAUCAAAUCCAAAGAAUAAGCAGAAUUUAGCUACAUUCUUAUGUGAGUCUCUACUUACCAUUUUGAAGACACAAUUGCACCCACGGCAGAAUGUUUUCAUAGCAGGAGGAUUCAAAGAUGGCAGAGAAACGGUUUCGUGUAUCCGCGGAAAUUCAUCCAGUGUUUCAUCUUUGUUUUCCGACCAGGACGAAGCAGACACAAGACUUCUACUGCACGCCAAACAUGCUUCAAACACUCAUCAAAGAGUUGUUGUUCAGUCCCCUGAUACAGAUGUAGCGGUGUUAUGUGUUGUUCAUUUUCAGAAUAUCAGAUGCCGUGAGCUAUGGUUCCAGACAGGACUAAAAGACAAAGCGAGAUUCAUUCCAAUUCAUUCAUUCAUUACAAUCCUCCCUUGGUCUUUUGCUCUCGAAAGCCUUGCCAGCAUACCAUGCAUGGACAGGAUGUGA